GGAUGGUCAGCCGAUCGACGUUUAAUUGACCCCUUUCAGCAUGAUUAAUUAGUCGGAGAUCAGGCUCGGGUUGAUCCGUCGUCGGUGGAACGUCGCUCCAAUCCAUGGAAAUCUCCUAUAGCAAAAGGAGUAAACUUGAGUUUUGAGGUGAUGGCAAGAAAAGAAAUCGCACGCAGCCGCGAAACCAGUUUGGAGAGAGAAAAAACUGAAGAAAUUAUGGAAGUGGAGUGUUAUCAGCUGUUCGAGGGAGGUGCGAGCAAGACCCAACCACCUGAGCAGGUGCUUUUUAGGCGCAUUGGAACAAGGGCGACAGCACCAACUUGUGGCGACGUCCUUAGGCCGCACCACGGAUUAUUGAACGAAAACGGCAAAGGGAGGAUAAAUUGCAAAGUGGCGGAAAAGGAUCAAAUUACUCGACCCAGCUCCGCGAACGGACAAAUCAAAGAUAGAAUGGCUCCAAACUCGAGGCUUGUACAUUGCGCCAAUUGUUUCCUGGGAGUCGCGGUUCGGGUCAUAUUAUUUGUGGUUUUCGUACAAUUCGAACGUACACAACCAUUCAAGCGAAAAAUCCACCCGGAAGAAUUGUGGCUAUACAAAAAUCCACCGACAAAGGACUACGUUCCGGCUUCUAUUCUGCUUCCUGCUGCAUUUUUCGUACCGUUUACAGUGAUUUGUUUAAACUUUCUGGUAUCGCACGACCGAUAUGAUUUCAGUCAAGGCAUAAGUGCCAUGACAUUGUCGUUAGGCUUGAAUGGUUUCCUCACAAGUCUACUUAAAGUCACAGUUGGUCGACCCCGACCUGAUUUUUACUAUCGCUGCUUUCCUGAUGGAAAAUUCAACGAAGAGUUCGAUUGCACCGGGGAUCCGAGAGUUGUGAAUGAAGGACGUAGAAGUUUUCCCAGUGGACACUCGUCAUUCGCUUUCGCUGGAUUCGGUUUUGUCUUCUUGUACCUGGCAGCAAAGCUGCAUGUGUUCAACGAGCGUGGACGCAGCCAAGCGUGGCGACUAUGUCUCACCAUAUCGCCACUAGUAAUAGCUGCAGUUGUGGCGAUUAGUCGCACUUGUGACUAUCAUCAUCAUUGGGAGGACGUAACAAUUGGCUCGAUACUGGGGAUGCUCGUUACAUACGUUUCAUAUCGACAAUAUUUUCCGUCAAUUUUUGCAUCGAAUUCACAUCGACCCUACUCAAACCGCAAUUUGCAAACGAGCAGUUGUUGCAUAUCGAAUAUCGAAGACGAUGCCGAACAAAAACCACUUAUAGAUGAUGAGAAGGAGACAAAGUGGAUUUGAGAAUGAGCAAAUAGGUUGUAACUCAGAUUUAUUGUAGGUAGAAUCACCAGUUUUAUUUAUUUUGUUCGUUUUGUACUACAAUACACACGCUUCUGUGAUCAGUUUUGUUAUGAAAGUUUCUUUUAUAGAAAGAGUUUUAGAUCAUUCCUCCGUAAAUGUAAGAUUAUCUCCCUAUGUAUGUGGAUUUUAGGUAAUAAAAUAAGUAUUAUUUUAAUAUAA